AUGAAUAAUGGACACGUUCACCACUCUCAUCAACACACAAACGGGUAUCGAAUAAGGCCUGCAGAAGAUCAAGAAGAAGUUGAAGAUCCAUAUGCAAAUAUAUCAGAUUACUAUCGAAGUCAUAUAGCUGCUAAAAAUGAACCAUGCACUUCAUCUUCUACCAAUGAAGCAGAGUCAAUGACAAUCGAAGAUCCAGAAGUUAAUGAUGAAUAUUAUGGUGAUCCAGUACGUUUAGAAGAUUUGGAACCAUUUAUUAAACCAUCACUUCGAGAUGAUACUCCACUUGCAAAUAUACUGCAUCCGGACUUAGAUGGGAUAGAUCCAAGAAUAUUCUUCAAAGAUUUCAAGCCCAACAAAACUCUUCGAUUCUCCCGUCUUUUCGCUCAGAAUAUCAAACAAUCGUCACGGGCAGAACUAUGGUGGCUAUCAAGAACAUUUUCAAAACAAAUGAAAUCCCGCAAAGCGGCAUCUGAUUCACAGCCAGAAGAACCUGAAGACGUAAUAGAGAAUGGAGCAAAACGUCUGAAACUCAACAUCAUCGAGAAAGUGCCACGUGUAAUGCUGGCAUCGGAUGAAGAAUUUCGAAUGAAGCGCCCCGUUUUGACAGAAGCAGAAAAAAUGGCGAAACAGAAUGAGGAGGGUACGGUGGAACAACCGUGGAGAACGGGUCCUGCAAAGAUUUGGUACGAUAUGAUGGGUUUGCCAUCGACUAGUCAAGCAGUAAAUUAUGGUUUCAAGAUGAAAAAAACGCCAGCAAAGCUUCCGAAACCCACUCAAAAAUUGAACUUUCUACAUCCUGAUGAUCCGUCAACUUCAUCUGGAUCCACGUCGUCUUCAGAAAAGAUGGUAGAAGUUAUUGAGAAGAGUUGUGAAGCCACAUUAUCAGAAGAUAUUCUACAACCAUUUCAAGUGAUUGAAUGGGAAAAAGAUGUGAUUUUGGACGGAGAAGAAGUUAAAGAUCAGUUACUGGAUGAAUUCUCGAGUGGAAGAGGUUGUGGAUGGAUUGCGACACAAUAUACAAGAACCUAUGAACAUUUUGUUUAUGCUGCAAGUAAUAAUGCUUUCGAACAAAUGUUUGAUGGAAAAUCGGCGCCAAUCAAUUUGUCUGGACCCGAUUCUCUUAUCAUGCCUGCCCCAACUCGCUCAAUUUUUCCAUCAACGCCGAGUGACUUAGAUAUUUUACCAUGGGAAGAGAAUGUUAUUUGGGAUUCUGAUAAUAUGACACAAGUAUUGGAACCAAUUGAUUUUCUUGUUGACUUCCAAGAUGAUCCAUUGAUAUACGGAAUGCCAGAAGACCGUCGGGUUGAUGAAGAUCACCAUCGUCAGGAUCACCAUCACAGAAAAUCGGAUGGAUACACGAAAAAAUCAAAAAUGAUAUUGGGACAGGUUCAACAACGGCAAAAACAAGAAGAGGAUGAGCAAAUGGAGAAUACGAUGGGACAAUUUACAGACAAUGAUCCAUUUAAUCUAUCGAAUGAUGAUUAUUAUGUGCCAAAAGCCACAUCGAAAACGCUAUCAAACAACUCACUGCUUAUUCAACAUUCAACUCCUGCUACCAAUAUCGCCACUCAAUUCUUCCCAACUCACCCAUCUGCUUUCCGUUUGAGAUAUUGGCAUAGGACACCUUUCACAAGAAGAAUUGUUAAACAUUGGCAGCCGAAUAGAUUCCAACAGAUUCAGAAUCCAGCUCGUCAUCAGCAACGUGUUCAAGCUAUGCGUGAAGGAAUGCGUCAAUCACAAGGAGGUGGUGAAGUGUUUUAUAUGAGAGAAAUCAAUGAUUUGAGUGGAAAAGAUGAGAACUUAGUGAUGAUUGAAUACAGUGAAGAGCAUCCAGUUAUACUAUCACAACCUGGAAUGGCUUCAAAAAUGAAGAAUUAUUUCAAGAGACGGCAAGCAAAUGAUACGGAACCAACAUUCGAUUACGGUGAAAUGGCAUUCUCCCACCAAAUACCAUUCCUUGGACAAUUGCAACCUGGUCAAUCACUUCAAAGUAUUGAGAAUAAUCUAUAUAGAGCACCCAUCUAUCUACACAAAAGACAAUCCACUGAUUUCUUACUGAUUCGAAGUCAAAAUCAAUGGUUCAUUCGUCCGAUUCCAGCAAUAUUCAUCGCUGGUCAACAGUGCCCACUUUACGAAGUUCCAUCUCCAAACUCAAAACGAGCUACCGUUUUCGUCCGAGACUUCCUAUUCGCAUUCAUUUACCGCCUAUUCUGGGCAUCGGAACACUCACCACGUCGGCUCAAAAUGGAAGACGUUCGAAAUGCAUUCCCACAUUACGCCGAAAGUAAUAUUAGGAAAAGAUUGAAAAUGUGCUCUACAUAUACUCGAAAUGGUGCAGACACUUUCUGGUCUCUGAAGCCUGAAUUCCGAUUACCAUCCAAGGAAGAGGUUCUUUCAAUGGUAACACCUGAAAUGUGUUGUGCUCAAUACAGUAUGAUGGCUGCUGAGCAGAGACUCAAAGAUGCUGGGUACGGAGAAAAAUACUUUUUCACCCCAGAAAAUGAUGAAGGAUCAGAUGAUGAAGUCACAAUAGAAGAUGAAAUCAAAUGUGCUCCAUGGAAUACAACCAGAGCAUUCAUGGCUUCUCAACGAGAAAAAUGUCUUCUCGAUCAAACUGGAAUUGCUGAUCCAACGGGUUGUGGACAAGGUUUCUCAUAUGUUCGGGUGUCUCAAAAACCACACAAAGACGAGAAUGCAACACCUGUACCAAAGAAGUUAGUGACUGGAACCAAUGCGGAUUUAAGAAAGCUGCCGCUGAAAGAAGCCAAGCAAAUCUGCAGAGGGUACGGAGUGAAAGAAGAAGAAAUCAGUGCACUGACAAGAUGGGAGAUCAUCGAUGUUAUUCGUACAUUGUCAACUCAAGCAGCCAAAGCGACUAAAGAAGGAGAAACAGUAUCUGGAAUGGCUCGUUUCGCACGUGGAAAUACUCGAUUCAGUUCGGCCGAUAUGCAAGAAAAGUAUCGAAAACACUGUCAAAGAAUAUUCGAUCAACAGAACCAAACACUGGCAAACACUGAGCCGAUUUCAACAGACGAUGAUUCAACAGAUGCAGAUUCUGAUAAUGAGGAAUUAGCAUCUCGUUUGGAAUCAAUGCUUGAAGCUAACAAAGGAAAAAAGAACAUCUCAAUGUCAGAAAAAGCGAAAAUCGAUUUUGAGACUGAAGAAAAGGAACGAGAAGAUUUGAAACGAAUGAUUCACGGAGACACUGUUCAGAAAGGAGAGAAAAAAGAGGGAGAAGUGACAGCUGAAGAGAAGAAAAGUGCCUCUCAAUUCGGUGAAGAUGUUGCUAUGUCUGCAUCGAAAAUCAGUGGAAUCACUGCCAAUCAACAGUUGAAAAUCUAUCGAACGAUGAAGGGACCCGACGGAAAAGAGGUUACAAGGAUUGAAAUCGUGACACGGCCGCAGCUUAUUGAGGCGUACACAAGGAUUCGGAUGACUAGAGAUGACACUUUCAUCCAGGUCUAUGCUCAAAUGGACGAACAAUAUAAAGAAGAGAAGAGAAAGAAGAAGCGACGACUACAAGAUCAAAUACGUCGAAUGAAGAAGAACGAAGAGAAAGCACAAAACAAAGUCCAAAAGCAGAUAGUAAAGAAGGAAAAGGCAAUUAAUAUCAAUCUUCAAAAAAUGAGAUGUAGUGCAUGUCAUGCAUAUGGACACAUGAAAACUAAUAGAAACUGUCCAUUGUAUGGAAAAGAUCCAUUGACUCCAUUGAAAGAAGAAGACGAGUCCGGUGCCAAUUCUUCGGCUAGCACCAUUGCUGUACCUGCACCUCUUCCAAGUAUUCAGGUUGAUGGAACGAAAGUGAAGUUCAACUUGGAUUACAACGAGAUGAAGAAAGCACUUCGCCGCGAAGAAAAGAAAAAACGAAAGCUAGCGAAACGAGCAGAAGCAGAAGUUCGUGCAAGACAAAUGGAGUACGUGACACGAUUCGAUACAUCAGAGGUACCUGGAACGAAUGGAGCCAUUCCGUCGUCUGGUGGACAUACGGAUAAUGAUGAUGACGACAGAUUCUCACAAGUUUCUGGUACAUCAUCAUUCAUGAAUGGACCUGGAGCGGUUCGUGCUGGACGUAAUUCGUCUGUUGGUUCAAAGAGACGUACAUCAAUGAUGCCAGAAGAAGAUUAUCUGCAAGGUCCAGCUAAAGUGAGUGUCCGUGCGAGAGCUGAUCCGAAAGUAACGAUGGCAUCAAUGCUUACGGAUAUCAUAAACGAAUUGAAAUCAAUACCAGGAUCGGAUGCAUUCCUGUUUCCAGUCAAUCCAAAACAAGUCACUGACUACUAUACUAUUAUCCGUAAUCCAAUUUCAAUGCAAGAGAUCAAAAACAAGAUUGCUGCUUAUUCAUACCAACUGAGAAAGGAUUUCUUGGAUGAUAUUAAGUUGAUGUUCGACAAUUCGAGACUUUACAAUGGAGAUAACAACAUGUUGACGGUCACUGCUAGACAGAUGUUACAACUCGCCGGAAAACGAAUGAUUGAACGUGAGGAAAUGUUCAUCAAACUGGAAAAACAAAUCAAUCCAUUGCUUGAUACAAAUGACCUCAUCGGAUUUUCAUAUCUUCUUGGAGAGAUCAUUCAAAGAGCCAAGAACAUUCCGAAAUCUGCACCAUUCCAUACAAAAGUCGACGGAAAGAGGUUCCCAUCAUAUUAUAUUCGAAUCGAGCAUCCCAUUGAUUUGGGCAUUAUCGAACAGAAAAACAAGAAACAAGAAUAUAAAAGUGUGGAGGACUUCUUGAAAGACAUGCGUCUCAUUUUGGACAACUCUCUUGUUUUCAACGGCGAAGUCAGUAUCUAUACAGCGAAAGCUCGAGAAAUUUGGGAACUCGUAGAACAGUUGGUUAAUGAACAAAAGGAAACGUUGUAUGAGUUGGAGAGAAACAUCAAUCCAGCAGCAGCAGCAGCUAGACGAGCCCAAAUGAUUACUGUAGAUUCUGAAGCAGAAGUCACAAUGGAUGAAGAGGAUAAUACAAUGGAACAGACAGAUGAACAUCCAACAGAGGACGAAGAUGAUGAUUUGGAUGAGGAGAUGAUGAUGGAUACCGGAGACUACGACUCCCAAUACGAUGACAAUCUGGCAGCUGGUCAAAUUUUGAAUGAUUUGGCAAUGUCAGAUUCAGAUGAAGAUGAACGAGCAGAUGAGGUCAGACGACCGGCAAAUGAGGACGAUAAUCGUCUCGAUUCGUUUUAA